GGUCUUCAGGAUGGUAGCAGGGUGCGUGGGUGUGUCUGAGCACAGCAGCAGCAGCAGACAACAUCAGUCAUGGAGGUGGAGGGUACAGCAGAGCCAGCCUUCGUGGACGUGGACCAGGGCCUGACUCUGGCCUGCAUCGCCUUCCUCUGCCUGCUGCUGGUGGCCAUGAUCAUCCGCUGUGCCAAGGUGAUCAUGGACCCCUACAGUGCAAUACCCACCUCCACAUGGGAGGAACAGCACCUGGACGACUGACACACUUAAACAUACAUAUGCACACCAUGUAUAACGUGCGUUCUUCCGCGCAACCAUACAUAACAAAACCAGCAAAGUCUCCACCCAGAAAAAGGGUGGUUCUUCAAGGGUUCUGUAGUGAGACAGUGAUUGUGUAUGAAACCAUAAUGAUUCCACAAUCUAUUUCUUUACCAAAAAAGACAAGCAAGCAAACAACCUGGUAAAUUAAAAAUACUUAUUUAAGUGCAUAUCUUCUCCUGGUAUAGAAUUUCUUUUGUUUGAAUACACCUUUUAAAAUGGCUCUGCUAUGGUACAUAUCUGAAGAACCGUCUCCUGGAAAUUGGUUUUCAGUCUUCCAGUAUAUUCAAAGGGUUCUUUGUGGUACCAAGAGCAUUCUGCAGUCGUAAAGGUAGAAAAACCCUCUCUGGUACUAUAUAGAAUUUUUUUAUUCAGAGUGGAGAAAUGCAUACAAACCAAGCAUGAAUAUGAAUCCUACAUAUCCAGAGGGAAAAAUAUGAAGCUUGCUUCAUCCACAUACUGACUAGAUGGAGAAAGAGAGUGGGAAGCUGCUGGGAUCAUGUCUGCC